AUGGCUAUUCAAGUGUUGCAAUGGGGUGGAUUUCGGAUUUGGACUUUAAAAGCCAAAUCAAAACAAGACCACCACCACCACCACCACCACCAUAACAAUCCCCAAACCAUACUAAUCAUUCAAAGUGACGAUGACCAACAUGAAAAUCACUACCAUCCAACCGCCGCCAUCACAAUGAUCUUGACAUCUUGGCUGAAUCGCCGCCGCAUACGGUACUUGUUCCUUGUCCUCUGCUCCCCAGUCCUCCUCCCAUUUUUAUGCAUCACCUUUCCCCUUCUCUGCGCUGCUGAAAUCUGUCUCUUUCUCUGCCGCCGCCGCCAAUUGAAAGCUACGCCGCCUGAAGAUAGUGGCGAAGAUGGGUUGCCCAGCUGUGAGGAAGAUGGUGGGGAUGAAGGAGAAGGGAGAUUGUUGCAGAGAUAUCUUGAAGAUCAAUUGAUUCUUGUUGUUGGGUCUGUGUAUGAUUAUGGCUGUGGGGAUGAAGAUAAUGGGGUAUUGGACGGUCGCGAUGAUGGGGUCCAUGGGGAUAUGGGUGUUGAAUUUUUUGAAAGUAUUAGGACUCCUCUUUUGCAAUGA